UCUGCAGAAGGCGGCGGCUAGCUAGCCGGGACGGUCACAUCCCGCUGCAGGCGCCGGCGGAGCAGCCGCACUGCCUCCCGCACAGGGACUCCGGCCAGCGGCCAGGCCGCGCUGGCACCGCCCCCCGCUCAGGGACAGACUACGCGGCCCGUCCGAGCUCUGGGGGCCCCCAGCCGCCCCGCGGCUCGCUACGCCUCCGCCUGCCCUCUGCCCGCAGCUCGGUCCCGCGCUGCCCGCCGCGCCGGGCCCCCGCCGGGCCCGCGCCGGGAUGGGGUAGGGGCAGCACCGCGGAGCCGGGCGAUGGGCCGCCCUAUGGGCACCGAGCAGCCCCCUGAGGCCUGACCGACCGCGAGGACCGGCGGAGGAGCCCCGCCUGGAUGUCAAGCGGAUGCCCUAGUGCCUCCCAGCGGACUCGGUGGGGACCAUGGCUUCGCUGAUGCCCCUCUCCCCAUACUUAAGCCCUACGGUCCUCCUGCUGGUCAGUUGUGACCUGGGCUUUGUGCGAGCAGACCGGCCUCCCUCUCCUGUUAAUGUGACAGUCACUCACCUCAGAGCCAACUCGGCCACUGUGUCCUGGGACGUCCCAGAAGGCAACAUCGUCAUUGGCUACUCCAUUUCCCAGCAACGACAGAAUGGCCCUGGGCAGCGUGUGAUCAGGGAGGUGAACACCACCACGCGGGCCUGUGCCCUCUGGGGACUGGCUGAAGACAGCGACUACACGGUGCAGGUCCGGAGCAUCGGCCUUCGGGGAGAGAGCCCCCCAGGGCCUCGGGUGCACUUCCGAACUCUCAAAGGUUCUGACCGGCUACCCUCCAACAGCUCAAGCCCAGGUGACAUCACAGUAGAGGGUCUGGAGGGAGAGCGACCAUUGCAGACAGGGGAAGUGGUUAUCAUUGUGGUGGUGUUGCUCAUGUGGGCUGCUGUAAUUGGGCUCUUCUGCCGUCAGUAUGAUAUCAUCAAGGACAACGACUCCAACAACAACCCCAAGGAGAAGGGGAAGGGGCCGGAACAGAGUCCUCAGGGAAGGCCAGUGGGGACGAGACAGGUGAUGUGAUGUGGGGCCAGUGAGGGAGGGAAGGGUGAUUUUGCUUCUAGAAGCA